GAAAGAAGAAAGGUUUACUACUCAGUUCCAAAGGUCUUCCAUUUGGCAGAGCAGCCAAAAAAAGCAAAAUGAUUGAACCCAUUGGGAAUCAGUACAUUGUGGCCAGGCCAGUGUAUUCUGCAAAUACUUUUGGGGAAGAACACACGAAGAAAUACAGACAUCAUAAGACCUUUCUGGAUCAUCUCAAAGAGGGCUGUAGCUGCUCCACACAAAAGGCAAAGAGAAUUGCUCUUUCUCUAUUUCCCAUUGCAUCUUGGUUACCAGCUUAUCGGGUAAAGGAAUGGUUGCUCAGUGACAUCGUUUCUGGAAUUAGCACUGGACUGGUGGCUGUAUUGCAAGGCUUAGCAUUUGCCCUGCUGGUCAACAUCCCGCCAAGCUAUGGACUGUAUGCAGCCUUUUUCCCAGUAAUCACCUACUUCUUCUUGGGCACUUCUAGACACAUAUCUGUAGGUCCAUUUCCAGUUCUGAGCAUGAUGGUGGGAGCAGUGGUUACAAGAUUAGUCCCAACUGCAUCAAACUUGUCUAAUAGCUCAAUAGUUAAUGAAACUUUUAUAAAUGAACAAAAGCUAAUGGUGGCUACAUCACUCACAGUCCUUACUGGAAUCAUCCAGUUGGCGAUGGGAGUGCUACAGAUCGGAUUUGUGGUCAUAUAUCUCUCUGAGUCCUUAAUCAGUGGCUUCACUACAGCUGCUGCUGUUCAUGUUUUGGUUUCCCAACUCAAAUUUAUGCUCCAGCUCUCAGUCCCUUCAUAUUCUGAUCCAUUUUCACUUUUCAAAGUACUGAAUUCCGUAUUCACACAAAUAAAGGAUACUAAUACCGCAGACCUUGUAACAUCCUUGAUUAUCCUAUUGGUUGUAUUUGUGGUUAAAGAAAUAAAUCAGCGCUACAAAGCCAAACUUCCAGUGCCCAUCCCAAUUGAACUGUUAAUGACAGUGAUCGCGACAGGUGUAUCCUAUGGCUUUGACUUCAAAAACAGGUUUGAUGUGGCUGUGGUUGGAGACAUGCCAAAUGGAUUUCAGCCUCCUAUCACACCUGACAUAAAGAUUUUCCAAGAGACCAUUGGAGAUUGCUUUGGCAUUGCAAUUGUUGGUUUUGCAGUGGCUUUUUCAGUCGCCAGUGUCUAUUCCCUCAAAUAUGAUUAUCCAAUUGAUGGCAACCAGGAAUUAAUAGCCUUGGGAGUGGGUAACAUAUUCACUGGAUCAUUCAGAGGAUUUGCUGGCAGUACUGCCCUCUCCAGAUCUGGGGUUCAAGAGAGUACAGGAGGCAAAACUCAGGUUGCUGGACUUCUUUCUUCUUUCAUUGUGCUGAUUGUCAUUGUAGCCAUUGGAUUUCUUUUGGAGCCACUGCAAAAGUCUGUCCUGGCAGCUUUAGCACUUGGAAACUUAAAGGGAAUGCUAAUGCAGUUCACUGAAAUCCGAAGAUUGUGGCGAAAGGAUAAGUAUGAUUGUCUAAUCUGGGUCAUGACCUUCAUCUUUGCCAUUGUUCUGGGACUUGGUUUGGGCCUGGCAGCUAGUGUGGCCUUUCAGCUUCUGACCAUCGUGUUUAGGACCCAGUUUCCAAAAUGCAGCACACUGGCUAAUAUUGGACGGAGUAACAUCUACAAGAAUAAAAAAGAUUACUUUGAUACAUAUGAGCCAGAAGGAGUGAAAAUUUUCAGAUGUCCAUCUCCAAUCUACUUUGCAAACAUUAAUUUCUUUAAGCAGAAACUUAUUGAUGCUGUUGGGUUUAGUCCACUUAGAAUUCUACGCAAGCGCAACAAAGCUUUAAAGAAAAUCCGAAAACUGCAGAAAAAUGGCUUGCUACAGGUGACACCUAAAGGUUUUAUAUGUACCAAUGAUGGCUUCAAAGAUUCUGAUGAAGAGCUAGACAACAAUCAGAUAGAAGAGUUGGAUCAACCAAUUAAUACUACUGACCUACCCUUCCAGAUAGACUGGAACACUGACCUUCCUCUCAGCAUUGAAGUCCCUAAAAUCAAUCUUCAUAGUCUUAUUCUUGACUUUUCAGCUGUAUCAUUUCUUGAUGUCUCUUCAAUGAGGGGUCUUAAAACGAUUUUGCAAGAAUUUAUCAGGAUCAAAAUAGAUGUGUAUAUCGUUGGCACUGAUGAUGAUUUCAUUGAGAAGCUUUCAAGGUGUGAAUUUUUUGAUGAUGAAGUCAAGGACUCAAUAUUUUUCCUGACAAUCCAUGAUGCUGUUCUGAAUAUUUUGAUGAAGAAGGACUACAGUAGUUCAAAGUUUAAUUACAGUCAGGAAAAAGAAAAAAGUUUGGGCUUUACCAUAAAUACAAAUGGCGGAUUACGCAAUCGAGACCAUCAGGUGCCAGCUGAAACAAAAUUUUAAUUAAAAUAUAAUUCAGAGGGAUACUCAUCUGACUGUCAUAUGAAGAACAACUUUAUACCCAGAAAGUUAUUGAUAAGUUCAUACAUUGUAUGAAGAGUAUUUUUAUUUGACAGAAUUAUGUUUCAAACUUGGAACGAGAUUGUUCUAGCAUGGUAUAUUUUUCACAUUUCUUGUAUCAAAUUAUGUAAAUAUUCCUAAUUUUAUGCCCUGUAGAUUUAUCAAAAGAACAAAUUUUUGUAUAUAUGUAUUUUUAUAGUAUGACAUAUUUCCAUCCAAGUCAUUACUUUUGUGCAUGUUUUGCAAUAUAUUUACGCCUCUGUUUUAGAUCCUAUAAUUUAUAUAUUUCCUACUAAUAUAUCUCUAUUUUAAAAAUUCAAUUGUGGGGGUCUGGUGGUAGUGCAGAGGGUUAAGUGCACUUGGCACAAAGCUCAAAGACCGGUGUAAGAACCCCAGUUCGAGCCCCGGGCUCCUCACCUGCAGAAGAGUUGCUUCACAGGUAGUAAAGCAGGUCUGCAGGUGUCUGUCUCUCCCCCUCUCUGUCUUCCCCUCCUCUCUCCAUUUCUCUCUGUCCUAUCCAACAAUGACGAACGACAUCAACGACAGCAAUAAUAACCACAACAAGGCUACAACAACAGGGGGGAAAAUGGCCUCCAGUAGCAGUGGAUUUAUGGUGCAGGCACUGAGCCCCAGCAAUAAUCCUGGAGGCAAAAAAAAUUAAUUCAAUUGUGAAGUGAAUGUCUUCUUUUGUUAAGUUUCUUGUUAUCUUUCUGAACACUAUUUAUUGUGGGUUCCUUUUUACAGUGGUCUGGUUGGAAACAAGCUACACAACUGUUCUUAACAACUCCUCAACACUGCCUAUGUAUUCCACAGAUUUAUGACUGUCACAAUAACCAUAAAAUCAAAUUAUCGCUGUAAUUACAAAAUUAUAGUCAGCUAAAUUGCUCUAAUAGCUUUUUAAAGCACCCACUCCUAUCCAAAAUUUAGAGAUAAUCCUAAUCCC